GAACCAAUCACAGUCUCUCCAUACCAACCAUCACAUUAGCACUCGGCUGACUUGACUCAUCGCUCAUCUGGCACGAGUGAUCUUCAAGCAACAGGGCGCUCGUCAACAUGUCUUUCAUGUCUGCUCCAAGGACGAUCGCGUCAUCUUCUCGAUCCUUGCAGAUCAUCUUGCGUCCAAAGCGCGGCUCGAUAUACCGUGCACCGAUCGACAGGUCUCAGCGGUUAAGCGUCAGCAGAACUUUUGCGACAGAGGCAAAAUUUGAUCCAGAGGCCAUCGAGAGAGAUACAGACGAAGUCGAUGUGUGUAUCGUCGGUGGUGGACCUGCGGGACUAUGUGCUGCAAUCAGACUGAAGCAGCUGGAGGCUGAGAAGGGAGGCGAUGAGCUGAGAGUUGUCGUCUUAGAGAAGGGUGCAGAAGUCGGUGCUCACAUUUUGUCUGGAGCCGUCAUUCAAACAAAGGCACUGGAUGAGCUCAUACCCGAUUGGAAAGAAAAGGGUGCUCCUCUCAAUCAACCCUCCGACGAAGGGAGCAUGAGAUUUCUCACCGCCAAAUCUUCAUUCCCCAUGCCUCAUCCGCCUCAAAUGAGCAACAAAGGCAACUACAUUGUCUCUUUAUCCCGACUCACAGCCUGGCUCGGUGAGCAGGCUGAAGCUCUAGGCGUCGAGGUCUACCCUGGAUUCGCUGGCGCUCGUGUUCUUUAUACGGAGGAUGGUACAGGCGUCAAGGGGGUUUGCACUGGCGAUGUCGGUCUUGGCAAAGAUGGCCAACCUAAAGACUCUUUUGAACCUGGAAUGGAGUUCCACGCCAAGGUCACCUUAUUCGCUGAAGGAGCACACGGGAGCUUGUCAAAGCAGGUCCAACAGAAAUUCAACUUACGUGAUGGAAAAGACCCGCAGACGUAUGGAUUGGGCAUCAAGGAAGUAUGGAAAGUCAGAGAUGAGGUGUACGAACCUGGAAAGGUUGUUCAUACUUUGGGAUGGCCACUCGAUUUCAAGACAUACGGUGGAAGUUGGCUGUAUCACAUGGAGGACAACAUGGUCAGUUUAGGUUUGGUCGUCGGACUGGACUACCAGAACCCAUACCUUUCACCAUACCGAGAGUUCCAGCGCAUGAAACACCAUCCGUUCUUUGCCAACAUACUCGAGGGAGGAGAACGUAUAGCGUAUGGCGCCAGGGCAUUGAACGAAGGAGGGUUCCAGUCAAUCCCGAAGCUGCAUUUCCCAGGUGGAGCUCUGAUCGGUUGCUCGGCCGGGUUCCUGAAUGUCCCAAAGAUCAAGGGCACACAUAACGCCAUGAAGUCGGGAAUGCUUGCUGCCGAAGCAGCCUUCAAGCAAUUAAGACCAGAGGAGGAAGCAGUGGCCGAAUCCAUCUCUGAGUCAUCUGCCGUUAACAUGUCAGGCUACGAAGAUGCCAUCAAAGAUUCUUGGGUGUGGUCAGAGCUCAAAGAGGUCCGAAAUCUUCGACCGUCGUUCCAUAACCCUCUCGGACUCUGGGGAGGUAUGGCUUAUUCCGGCCUCGACAGCAUGUUCCUCAAGGGUCGCGUCCCUUGGACCUUCCACCAUCCUACUGAGGAUUACGCCGCGACGAAGCGGGCAAGCGAAUGCGAGCCGAUUGACUAUCCUGCACCUGAUGGCAAGCUCUCUUUCGAUAUACUCACCAGUGUCUCUUUGACGGGAACGAACCACGCCGAAGGGCAGCCCUCACAUCUGAAGCUUCCUGACGAGCAAGGCGCGAGAGAGAGGCACACCGCGGCCAACGUUGGAGAAUACGCCGGUCUUCUAGGGCGCGCAUGUCCCGCUGCCGUAUACGAAUACACGGAUGCGGAGGGUGCGGACGCAGAUGCCGAGGGCAAGAAGUUUGUCAUCAAUUCACAGAAUUGUAUCCAUUGCAAGACAUGUUCAAUCAAGACACCAACGCAAGAUAUCACUUGGACCGUGCCAGAGGGCGGUGGAGGUCCCAAGUACAGCAUCACUUAAGGGGUGCAAUCCUCUUUGACGGCAUAUACUUGCCAGGCCGCUUCCAUAUGCAUCGGCGAUUGUCAAGAUUGCCCAUUGGCAUGGACUGAUGGAUGUUGGCCUGCGAACUUACGAGAAGAAGACUCUCACUAACUGAUAUGUCCUUUCGAU